CCUUUUACCAAAGCAUCACUUACAAUUUACAAAUAUGCGAGACACAGCAUACAACACUCUAUGAAAAGCAGAACCGAAACUUGUUGACAAUGAAGAAAACAAGUGGCGGCGGAAGUGGAGCAGCUGGCGAUAAGAAGAGGGGGCGCCGCUCGUAUGUGGACUCCUCUACCGACGCCCCUCCUAGGAAACAAGCUGCAAAGAAGGAUGUUUUUCAGACAUUUGCUGAGAAAGUGAGGGACCAUAAAGAACUAGAGUCGAGGUGGGCUGUUUUACAGGAAACAAGAGUUGAAUAUUUUAGAGGAAAAGAUUUUGUUAGUUUUUUGAGAAACCAUCCAGAACUCAAAGACCUACUUGAAUCAGAUAAGAAUUUAGAAAUUGAAGAUGUUGCGAACUCACUGCUGAGAAAGAAUCUGAUAGUGCGAUGUGACCGUGUUGUCAAAACUGUUCGACCAGGAAAGAGAAAAUUAUCUACAUGGCCUGCACAUUUGGAGAUUUUUCCAGAUCAAUUAUUUUCUGAUAAUGAUGCAUUCUUUGCAUGGACUUUUGUCAACCGAAGACCAUUAUGGCAGACUCUUCUCUCAUUUUGCUGGCCUGUUUUGACGCUAGCAAUCUGCCUGUUUCCUGUGUAUCCCCAUCAAGUCAAGCUACUUAUUCUCUACUUCUGUGCGGGUGUAUUGCUUCUUAUACUCUGCAUGCUUUUGUUAAGAGCACUUGUAUUCGGGGCUCUGUGGAUUGCUCUUGGAAAGAGGGUAUGGUUCUUCCCGAAUAUUCUUGCAGAGGAAGCAACACUUAAGGAGCUAUUCCAGUUUUGGCCCCAGAAAGAUGAGGGAGAGCGGCCCAAGUGGACAGCUCGUUUGUUUUUUGCACUUGUAGCUGUUCUUGUCAUUUUAUUAAUGAGGCAUCAUGCUCCUGACGAAGCUGCAAGAGCCAGGUAUCAGAAGCGGGUGUCCAAUAUUAUAGACGAUGUUCUCGAAUGGUCUCCUAGGCUUGCCCUGUCGGGUAUGAUGGACAAGCAAACCAUGGCUAAUGAGACGGAUUCCGGGAAAAAUACAACUGAUGAUGGCGUCGAGGCAAUGCCUAGCCCCGAUCACAAAGAGGAUGAUACAAUUCCAGACCAAUUUGAGGAAGAUGAAACCCUUGAUCACCAUUAUUAAAUAUUAGGAAGAUAUGUGACCACAGUAAUGAAAAGUACUAACUACUCCAAGUUUACAUUUGUAUUCACUCUUAGAUCUUCUGUUUUCAUUUUAUUCAAUAAAGUUUCACCUAUCUGUAGACUUUGUAACGCUGUUGUGAGUAACUUGGUAUCCCCUCCGUCCUCUUAUAUAAGACACAUUUCG